GUUAGUCUCACACAAAUUUAAUGCCCCAAAAAAAGAAAAAAAAAAAAAUUUGGUUUAACUUCAUCUCUCUACAUUUUUUUCCGAAUUAUGUGCACUCCAAUAUGAAUUUACACACUUCAUCAUUUUUAGUAAUAAGCCACCUCUCUCCACACAUUUGAUAUUGUCAAUACAUCCCGACAAAAAUCAAGCCCUGAUAUCUAAUUUUUUCCAGGAUGUCGUUCUUUAAGAGAAGGAGUAAGAAGAAAGAGAAGUCUACGGACGACCUCACCCCCAGCAAGUCCAACAUGUCGUCAACAUCAUCCUCAGUAUCGAUCACUCCAGUUCAUCUGAAUACGAUAUCCCCCCAGAUAUCAAGGCCACAACUGGUUGGACCACGAAGUAUCCCACCAGAUGAAAAGAUCUUGAACAUUCUUCCUUCAUAUCACAUGUAUAAAUCAACAGUUAGCCGGGCACUUACACCAUCGCAAGAAAACUUUAAAGUUGACCCACCAACUUAUGAAGUGACUCCUACCACCAGUCCCUUUGACUUGAGUCCCAUGAGAAGUCCCUUGGAUACACCUCUUGCUAGUGGAGCAAGCACCCCUGGAUAUUUCGGGGAAUUCUCUCCUCCCACUGCGUCGGCUCCGCCCUCAUCGUCUCUGGUACCCUCACGACCUGACACCCCUUUACAAGCUGACGACCAAUUUAAUGAAGACUCUGCCAAUAUAUGGGAAAAUACCGUGUUGGCUAAUGCCCAUCGGUUGAAGAAUCUCACCCAUACCGAUAAUAAAUUAUCCAAUGAUUUGGACAUUCAGAUCCAUGUGACUGAGCGGGUAUGUGAGAAGGGGGUAGAACCAAUCCCCAUGAACCCACAAGACAAAGAAUUCCGUCAGGGGGAUUACAUCCAUGGAUAUGUGACCAUUCAAAAUAUGUCUACGCAGCCAAUCAACUUCGAGAUGGUGUACGUGGUGUUUGAAGGACAGUUGGUCACUUUGGACAAUAAUCAAGGUAUCAUAGACACCAAGAAACCAUGCACCGUUUAUAAAUUCUUAAAUAUGAUCGAUUUAUUUGCCAGUUGGAGUUAUGCCAAUAUUGACCGGUUGGUGACUGAUAAUGGAGACCCACACGAUUGGUGUGAUGGGGAAACAGAUCCAUGGGAUAAUACCGUGCUUUCCAUUGGAGUGAAAAGACUCUUCCAGCCGGGAGUUAAAUAUAAACGAUUCUUCACAUUCAGAGUUCCUGAAAAAUUAUUGGAUGAUGCAUGUGAGAUACAUGAUCUUGGGAGACAUCAAGAAGUCCCACCAAGUCUUGGACAUAGAAGGGAUAUGGGUGUUACGAAUAAUUCCACAUCUUUGGCCCAUAACGAUAUCAAAGAUUUUUCAUUUGUGGAUGCGUCAAUUUUCUAUUCGGUAGAUGCAAGAGUCAUUGGGAAAGCCAGUGAAUAUCAUUUCCAAUCAACUUCAAGAACUGGAGAUGAAUAUGUUAUUGCCAAGGAAGUAUCAGUGCCCAUUAGAGUAUUACCCUUACUGAACCCGGAACUCGAUCUGUAUGCCAAUUCUGAAGAGUGCAACUUAUUCUACAAGGCAUUUGUAGACUCAGUCCUAGCAAAAAUUCAACUAGGAAGAGAAUUACUUAAUCUUCCGCCAGAAGAAGGUGAAGCAGCUAGGGCUGGAGGAGGAAUUGCCAGUCCACUUGACCUUACGCCGAUGAAUUCUAUGGAACUGUCGGUUGUGAAAGUUAGACAACUAUAUGCAACACACUCAGGUGGUGAUGGACACGGUCUUACACCUAUAUCACUGGCCAACUUGAAAGUGCCCCAUAAAUCUAUCAAUGAAGAACUGUACCAAAGUUUCUUGGCAUACAGGAAGAAGACACUUACAGGUUAUGGUAAGUCGACAGGAAUACUCACCUUAACCACUCCUAAAGUACCCUACCGAGUUUCAUAUGUGGUUCCAGAACGAUACCGGAAGGAAGGAGUACCUAUUGCUGGGAACACAAUCAUCACAAUCCCAUUAGAAGUACAAUUCUUGCAUGAAAAUGAGUCCCAAGAAGUGCAUCUGACCCUUCCUGACAUUAAAGAUGUGGUCAUUGAUGUAGUUGUUUUUACAGCAAAGGCAAAGAAGCACCAAAUCCCAGUCGAAUUCACCCAUGAACAUCUUUUCCGAGAACAAGAAGUGGAAGGGUCGAAAAGACAUGGUGGAGAUAAUUUCGAUACUAUAGUGGUGAAACGAUUCCAGAAUUAUAUCCAGGAGCUUACUGACCUUAUUCGAAGAGUAGGGGCAGAUAUAUUACUUGUCGAAACACAACUCUUCAAAGACUUGAAGAGUAUGGCGUUUCUCAAUGCCAAGUACAUAAAUCUUGCAGUCGCUGGCGCUGUGAUUACUUCGGCCAGUGAUAACUCUUCCGGAGUGCACAAAAACCUCUCUUCUGUGCCAUGGGAGCGUCAAAACAGUGAGACUGUACUGCUGUCGCACACUGUGUACUCCAAAAAUUUUGAAGUGACACUUGACAUUCUGAAGGCCCAUCUUCGAUCUACCAGCGGCGGGCACCGAUCUGGAGAGUUUUGCUUGGUUCCCGACUUCCAACUGUGUCACAUGGCACGGAUGUACUACUUGAAGAUAUGUGUCAAGCUAUCCAACAACCAGGUGAUGACUGUCAAUGCUCCAUUGAUUGUGGAGAAGUAUUAGAAUAUUUUUUUUUUUUCUUUUGGCGAUAUGUAUAUAUUAUAGACAAGACGGACUCAUAUAUGAGCGUUAGUUAGAAAGAAACAGUUCCAACAUACGUACCUGUAGACUUAUAAAGUACAAACUUGUUUCUCGCGCACUUAUAAUUCACUAGAAGCUUUUAGUGACGUUUCUAUUUUUUUUUUAUUAUUUUAGAAAUGAACCUACGUACUUUUAUAUAUCUCCCCUUCCUCAAACGGAUAUCUCCACCUGCUCUUAUAUACCCAAAUUUACUUUUUUUUUUCAUUGUACCAUUCUUAUUCCACCUUUC